GCGUGCGAAGGCCGUACUCGAUCGAGUUCUGUGGCGCGAUGUCGCGCAAGACGAGUCUUCUCGUUGUUGGUGGGAGGAUCUGCACCCGAUUAGGUCACACCGAUCGUUUGGUCGCUGUCGGUCUCUGGUCGAGGUCUUGCAGGGCGUCGCGCUGUACUCUACGUGUCCUUCCUUCCCACACGCGAAGAUUUAGGGACUACGAGGCUGGAAGGUGCAGCAAGAAGGCCGCAGGAAUCGUACGGUAGGUGAAGGGAACGCUUUCAGGACAGAUUUUCUUCUUUCUUUUCGCAUUAUCGGGUCACAAUUGUGUGAGGAAUGUCGUGGUGCAGCAUAACUUCGGUAAGCACUAGCUUCACGAGACAAUGCGCUGCAUGGUCAGAUUCUUUGCAGAGCGGCGAUGAAUGCAUGAAUUGUCGCGCCGUAGAGAUUUUUUAGUAGAGUACGGAGAUGUCUGGACAAGUUCUUUUACGACGUUCCUUGUAACCGAGAGACCGAAUCUUCGUCUUGGACUAAUCAGCGGUGUGUUUCGGAGUUGACGAGCCAUGUCGCUGCAGGAGACGUCAAAAGCAGCGACAGAGGUCAAAAGAUCUGGUCAACACUUCGUCUUAUUAUGUGGCUGUUGUGAAGCUGACCGUCGAUUGUCUAUGGUCCUAGAGUCCUAUUCUCACAUUGUACGUUCCAAGCCUCACGGCAGAAGAGUUAGUAGAGUGCAUAGCUGAUCUUGAACACUCGGUUGCUCAUUAUAAAACCGCCACCUUGCAUUCAGAAGCAUGGUAGUUUCUGACGAGAUUUCGACAUUGCGGCUGUCGAGUUUGCCGCAAAUGGAUAGCGUUUCGCAUGAGGUAGUGAAGCAAGAGCAAGUGUGUCGAUGAGAUCGACAUAGGGAGGUUGCAGUUGGUUUAUGCUGCUCAGACCAAACAUUUCAUGCACAAUAUGGCCGGAACACUGGACGAGAAUCUUGCGGAGCCAUUGUUGGAAAAUUCUUGCAAACAUGCAGAAGAACGCUUGAGAGGAUAUGAAGAUGCUGGAUUUUUCAGUCGUUUGGUAUUUUCAUGGAUGAACGACUUGCUCUGGACAGGGAGUAAGAGAGCGCUAGAGGUUACUGAUAUUCCACGAAUGGGCCCAAAUGACAACACUGAGGCCUGCCAGGCAAGAUUCUACGACAGAUGGGAGCAUACACCGGCAGGUAACCGCAAUCUGGCAAUCGUGUUGGGACGCGCACACAUGGGACUACUUUGUCUGACGGGAGCUCUUGGAAUCCUUCGUCUUUGUGUGAUGUACGCGGGACCUCUUCUGAUACAACGGUUCAUCGAUUUCACUGCUCAGGAGGAUAGUAUGUGGUUCGAUGGCGCCAAGCUUGUUGCGUUUCUCUUCGUAGCGAAGACGCUGGAGGUUUGGGCCGACCAUCAGUACAACUUUCAAGAAGAAAGACUUGGAAUUUCCAUAUGGUCUGCCCUGGUCUCUACAGUGUACAGCAAAGGUCUGAAAAUAUCUGCCACAGCCCGGACAACCCACGGAGUUGGUAAAAUUGUCAACUACAUGUCAGUGGAUUCAAGAGAGCUUUCUACAUUGGCAACUCGAGUGCAUGACUUGUGGAUGAUGCCGAUUCAAAUCUGCUUGGCGUUAGUGAUUCUCUACGGCGUUGUUGGAAUUGCGACUCUGGCAGGUGUUGGAACCAUGGUGGGUGUCAUGGUACUGAGCAUGUCGCUAGCUUCGAAGCAAAUGAAUUAUCAAGUGAACACCAUGGCGGCCAGGGACUAUCGCUUGAAGGUCACAAACGAAGCCAUAAGUCACAUGAAAAUCAUCAAGCUCUGCAACUGGGAGACAAUAUUUUUGCAGAGGGUAGAAGAUGCGCGGGCCAAGGAAAAAAUGUGGGUUUCUAAAGCCAAUUAUGUCAUUUCUGUUGCUGUCUUUUUCCUUUGGCUCGCACCGUCGGCCGUCUCCGUGUCCACCUUCGGCACUUGUAUAUACCUCGGUAUACCGCUCACCCCUGGUAAGGUUUUUACGGCUAUUGCUACAUUUCGAAUUCUCCAGGAACCACUCCGAUCUUUUCCGCAACUGAUUAUGGCAGGUGCACAAGCCCUGGUAGCUGCCAGAAGGUUGACAACCUACUUUGAAAGUAAGGAGCUGGACAGUGGAGCUGUGGAAAGGUUGCCUUUGGGUGUUCCGGACGGUGAUGCCGUAGUGGUGAAGGGUGGGGCGUUCAAGUGGGAGCUGGUAGAGUUGAGCCCCACGCUUUCAAAUAUUAAUUUGCAAGUGAAAAGAGGUUCGCUGGUUGCAGUUGUUGGGACAGUUGGUUCAGGGAAGUCGGCCCUCCUCAGUUGCAUGCUAGGAGAGAUGGAAAGAGUGAGCGGCACAGUGACUGUGAGUGGUAAGGUCGCCUACGUGUCGCAGAGCGCUUGGAUACAAAAUGGAACCAUCAAAGACAAUAUUCUUUUCGGAAAGCACUUUGAUGAAGCUCUGUACAAUGACACAGUUCGGGUGUGCGCGUUAGAAGGAGAUUUGAUGCAACUGACUUACGGAGACGAUACGGAGAUCGGAGAGAGAGGAAUCAAUUUGAGUGGUGGUCAGAAGCAGCGAAUACAACUCGCUAGAGCGGUAUAUCAAGAGGCUGAUGUAUAUCUACUGGAUGAUAUAUUUAGCGCCGUGGAUGCGCAUACUGGAAGCUCGCUUUUUCAAGAAUGUGUCCGAGGGACCUUGAAAAGCAAAACGUUGCUGCUGGUAACGCAUCAGGUCGAAUUUCUGCGAGGAGCAGAUUUGAUUCUGGUCAUGCGAGAUGGAGGUAUUGCGCAGUCUGGGACGUAUGACUACCUUCAUGACCAAGGGCUCGACUUCAGUGCUUUGGUAAAUGCCCACAAUGAGAGUCUGAGUUCUCACGAGGACGCUGCAAGGAACGCGUCUGCGAAAUCCGAAGAUCUCCAAGAAACGGAGAAUAGCGACCUUUUUUAUUCAACCCUGGAUAUGUUAGAGCCUUCUUCAGCUGGACUGACAACCAGUCUAGCUAAUGCCUCCAUCCAAGAGGCCUUGACAGUCCUCUCCCAGCAACUGUUGAACGAGCAAGAAGGUGACGAUAAGAAAACACGCACUCAGAGGAGAGCAGAUCACGCAAGCGAAUGCAAACCUGCUCUUGCGCCACCGGCAUCAGAAUCCUCUCGUCUGAUAGCAGAAGAGGGUCGAGGAAAAGGUCAGGUGGGCUUGGCUAUCUACUGGGCUUAUAUCACCAAGGUUCUCUUCGGGUCCCACGUGAUUUCGCUGCUGCUCAUUCAGACUGGAUGGCAGGCGUUACAGAUAAGCAGCGACUAUUGGCUGGCUGAUUCCACGGCAACGGAGAGCCAGCAAAGUUUAGAAUCAAGUAGUUUCAUGGAGGUGUACGCUGAGCUCGCAGUCGGAAGUGGGCUGUUUGUAUUAGCCCGUACAAUCCUGAUAACUUUUUCCGGGCUCAAAACGUCUCAGAAGUUCUUCCAGGACAUGAUCAGGAGCGUGUUUCGAGCUCCAAUGUCUUUCUUUGAUACCACACCGUCGGGCCGAUUACUCACCAGGUCGUCUACAGACCAGGUGUCGUUGGAUUUCGACAUUCCGUUUGGAUAUGGAUCGACCCUAGCAAUGUUGUUCCAGCUCUUGGGAGUUUUGACAGUUAUGUCACAAGUCACCUUGCAGAUGGUAACCGUAAUCGUCCCUAUGGGUGUGAUCUUCUACUUCUAUUCGAUGUACUACAUCUCCACUUCCAGAGAGCUUACCCGGCUAGAUUCUGUCACCGAAGCACCCGUUAUCCAGAGUUUUACUGAGACUAUUUCCGGUUCAUCCACAAUCCGCGCUUUUAGUCAUCAAGACAGAUUCCUCGAACGUAACUUGAAGCUUGUCGAUACGAACCUUGCCGUGAAGUUUCACGCCUACGCUUCCAGUGAGUGGCUGGGCUCUCGGCUUGAAUUUUUAGGCACUAUUGGGCUCUGCGUCUCUGCUCUGCUGCUCGUUGUUCUUCCCAAAGGUCUGAUCCGACCUGAGCUCGUUGGUCUUUCUCUUUCUUAUGGGCUGGCCCUGAACUCAUGCCUUUUAUCGUUGGUUCUAGCCAUCUGCACCGUGGAGCAGAAAAUGGUCGCCGUUGAGCGCAUCCUUCAGUAUUCCAAACUUUCGAGUGAAGCACCGCUGGUGAUUCCCGACCGGAAGCCACCUCCCAAUUGGCCCGCCAAGGGCAGCAUCACCAUGACCAAUGUACAGAUGCGAUACCGCGCCGAUAUGCCUCUUGUGCUGAAGGGCGUGAGUUUUUCUGUUAAAGGAGGAGAGAAGCUGGGUGUGGUGGGCAGAACAGGAAGCGGCAAGUCCUCGCUCAUUCAGGUCCUGUUCAGGUUAGUGGAGCUCGCAGGUGGAAGUAUUGUGAUUGACGGGAUAGAUAUAACUAGACUCGGGCUGAGCGAUUUAAGAUCGAAGUUGAGCAUCAUCCCGCAGGAGCCGACUCUCUUUGAAGGAAACGUGAGGAGCAACCUGGAUCCUCUAGGAGAACACACGGAUGCAGAGAUCUGGGAUGCCUUAGAGAAAAGUCAACUGGCCGACGUCGUUAGGGACAAGGAGUCGGGGCUUGAUUUUCCAGUAGCAGAAAAUGGGCAGAAUUGGAGCAUGGGUCAAAGGCAGCUGUUUUGCUUGGGCAGAGCGUUGUUGAGGCGUAGCACGAUUCUCGUGCUGGACGAAGCAACUGCAUCUGUAGAUACUCAGACCGAUGUGCUGCUGCAAAAGACCAUAAACAGGGAGUUUGCCGCCUCCACUGUCUUGAGUAUAGCGCACAGAAUUCCCUCCGUAAUGGACAGCGAUAAAGUUCUCGUCCUGGAUGAUGGCCUAGUCCUAGAGUUUGGGUCCCCUACCAGUCUCUUGGAAAACCCUUCCUCCUUCGCAGCGCUCGUUCGUGAGUAUUGGAAUAGAUCCAAUUCUCUCCACGAGUUGGUUUCAGCUGGAAGAGUGUAAGUAAAAGAUUUGUACUAUAAAUCUACAACUGUACAGCGUCGUUGUUCUG